GAUGUUCACCUGUUUCUGAGUCAGUGCAGAGGGAGAGCCUCGAAGUCGCUGGUCCUCGUUCCUGCUGAUCUGUGUCGAGUCCAACGAAAUGGUUGCGGUCCGAUUGGUGCAUUCGGCCGUCCUGGUGUCCUUGCUGAUAGCAUUUCCGACCUCUGUCACAUCUGAAAACUCGAAUGAAAUACCAACGUCCACUCUUUCCUACCCUGGGAAUUCCCUCACAGGAGACCAAAGCUUAACCAAACGCACCAUAUCGUUCAGUUCCUGCACAGGCGUCUACGACCGCGAGCUUCUCGGAAGACUCGACCGCGUGUGCGAAGACUGCUACAACCUCUACCGCGACGUCGGAGUGGCAAGCGAAUGCAGGAGUAACUGUUUCCACAACGAGGUGUUCCUGUACUGCGUGGACUACAUGUUCCGGCCUCGCCAGAGGAACCAGUACCGGGCCGCCCUCCAGAGGCUCGGCAAGUAGGCGGUUCCUCUUCGGCAAGACCCGCGGAGACGCUCGCAAUAGGACUCUCUUAAUGGCUGGACUCUAGGUUAUUCUUCGGUUGCUUCUGUAUCCUAAGUUAUAAGCUGAGAUCAUACUGACGCCGAGGUGUUUCAUGUGCAAUGUCUUCAUAAAACAUUACUAUAUA